CGCCUUUUACGACAGGCAGGGGAUACCGUGGCCGUAUUCUACUCCCCCCGAGCCACAGGGGACUCCAUGCAGAACUAAUCUCAUCUGGGGGUGUCUGAGACCCUGUAAAUCAUGACCCCUCGAAAACAAAGGCAUGUCUACCUUUUUUUUUUGUAUUGUAGCCAUUGGCGGUAGUUACGAUGGUGACCAUCAGUAACAGUUAAGAACACAUGUUAACUGUACCGGAUUUAUAAUUGCUUUUAAAUUGAGGAGAAUGGCUAAAAAAAUAAAGAAAAAUGCUAACAGUGUAAAGAUAAAUAAUACAGAUAUUAGUGAAAAAACCGUCGACAAGAAAAAGAAACAGCAACAGAAAAAGCUUGAUAAAAAUAAAGUUACUAUCAUUAGAGAUCAAAAUUUACAGUUCAAAAGUAAAUUGAAAAAGAACAAAUAUCAGUUAGCUAAAAAAUUUAAACAAAUACAAGGUGAAGAAAAAAGUCGUACAUUUACUGAUAUUGUAGACCAGAAAUCUGUGAAAAUUUUGAACCCAAAGAAUAGAGGUGAAGGUCCAAAAUCUAAAUUUCAAAUUGUGAAUAAAAAACAAAGGAGAAAAGGUAAAAACAGUGAGCGGCACAAACAUAAAGAACAAAAGAAAGAAAUGAAACAGAAAAAACAAAAGAAGGAAAUGAAACAGAAUGAACAUAAGAUAAAAAUUAAAAAUUCUAAUCAGUCUAAAAGUAAAACUAACAGUGAUAAACAAUUUUUAAAUGAAAAGCAAUGUAAAAGUACAAUGCAUAAAAAGAAUAAAAAACAAAUUGGUGAUAAUAAAACAAAAGUUGAUUCAGCACUACAUAAAAUCAAGAAAAAGAAGAGUACUCCAAAAAAGCAUCAAUUAGACAUUAAGAAAUUAAAAAAAUUAGUAGCUACUAAACAAGAGGAAAUUAAGGAUCAAAAAGAAAAUACAAAACCACGAUCCUUAAGAGAGCGAAUGAUGACUAAAUUGAAAGCAUCUAGAUUUAGAUAUUUAAAUGAAUCACUUUAUAGCAGUGAAAGCUUAGAAUCUAAAAACUAUUUUAAAAAUGAUCCUGAUGCAUUUAAAGCAUAUCAUGAAGGAUACAAACAACAGGUUGAUCAGUGGCCCUUAAAUCCUCUUGAUAUUAUAAUAACUUCAAUUAAAAAGAUGCCAAAGACACAUGUAAUUGCUGACUUUGGAUGUGGAGAAGGCAAACUUGCUGUUUCUGUUCCCCAUAAAGUGCAUUCCUUUGACUUUAUUUCGUUGAAUGAAAAUGUAACUGCUUGUGAUGUGGCACACACUCCAUUAUUAACAAGUGGAGUAGAUGUUGUUGUAUUUUGUUUAUCUCUUAUGGGAACUAAUCUUAAAGAUUAUAUUAUAGAAGCAAAUAGAGUACUUAAGAAGAACGGUAUUUUGAAGAUAGCUGAAGUUGAAAGUCGAUUUGAACAAGUAGAAGAUUUUAUAAAAAUAUUAGAGAGUUAUGGUUUUAAAAACACCUGGAAAGAUUUGUCCCACAACUUAUUUUAUUUCUUAGACUUUAGAAAAGAGAAAGACAUAGGUAACAAAAGAAACAAGUUACCUCCUAUUGUUUUAAAGCCAUGUUUAUAUAAAAAAAGGUAGUAUUAAAAAAAAUGAACUUGUAUAACAUAUCACAUGUACCAUAAAUGUAUCUACUUUAAUAAAAUUAUCAUGUUUUUUAUUUUUA